ACCAAAGAAGAAGAAGGUAGCCUUUGCGCAUGCGUGCAUUGGUUAGAUACAAAGAUGGCGUUUGGCGAAGCAGGCCUAAAUGUGCGCGUUAUAGUUCUGUAUUUUUAAUCAGUGCGUACAUGUGCACACAUGUGUCGUUUAAUAGAGUAAACAUCGUUAUUACUUGUUUGUAUUCGGAUACAUUGGUCUUAGCGCGUUUGACGCUUCCCGUGCUCGCUAUCUAGCUUAGCUCGCCAGUUAGCUUAGCUUGUUAGCUGCUAAUAAAGAGAGGCGGAAGUUAUUUAAACAUUGCUAAGUAGGGAACAAAUGUGAGUGUUAAGUGUUGUGAUUGUGUGAAAAUGUGCGAAAGAAAGAUAGCAAAGUAUGAGGAGGAACUUGGUCCAACAAAAGAGGAGAAGGAGCGACAACAUCAACUACUGGACGCUGUUUUCAAGAAGCAUCAAGUUGUGUUACACGGAACAGACAUCUGUGAAGAACAUCUUCUACCUGAGGAAGAGGAAGACUCACUGACCUUCCACUUUAAAGAGGAAGAGGAGGAACACAGCAUCAGUCAGCGGGGGGAGCAGCUUGAAUGGUUGGAGAAGUUCCCAGUGAUUCGUGUUAUUGUGAAGGGUGAAGAUGAUGAGGUCAAAGGUGAAAGUGAGGAGAGGGGAGGGGGGGAGCCUCCAAGCAGCAGCUCAACACAACACAUGACAACAGAAGCUGAUGGAGACCACUGUGGAGGAUCACAAGCAGACAAGCUCUUAGCUCCACUAUCAGAUAGUGAGGACACAACCUCACACUCUCCUGACACUGAUGAUGAAGACUCUAAAGAUGAUAAGACAUGUCACACUGACAACACUCACUUCAAAUGUUCUCACUGUGACAAAACCUUUAAGUACCAUUGUUAUCUGAAAAUACACAUGAGAACACACACUGGAGAAAAACCUUUUACUUGCUCAAUCUGUGGUAAAGGUUUUGCACAAACUCAGUGUUUGAAAAGACACACGAGAAGACACACCGGAAUAACCCCUUUUACCUGUUCAGUCUGUGGUAAAGGUUUAGUAACGAGUCAAAAUUUGAAAUAUCACAUGAGGAUACACACCAGAGAAACACAUUUUAUCUGUUCAAUCUGUGGUAAAGGUUUCGUACAAAAUCAAUGUUUGAAAAGACACAUGAGAAGACACACUGUGGAAAAGAACCCUUUCACUUGUUCCGUAUGUGGUAAAGGUUUUGUACGAAAACAAGGCUUGGACGCACACGUGAGAACACACACUGGAGAAAAACCUUUUAUCUGUUCAAUCUGCGGUAAGAGUCUAGUAACAGGUCAAAACUUAAAAUUUCACAUGAGAAUACACACCGGAGAAAAACCUUUUGUCUGUUCAAUCUGUCAGAAAGAGUAUGCACAAAGUCAGUGUUUGAAAAGACACAUGAGAAUACACAGUGAAGAAAGCCCGUUUACCUGUUCAGUCUGUAGUAAAGGUUUCGUACGAAAUCACAGUUUAAAAGCGCACAUGAGAAUACACACUGGAGAAAAACCUUUUACUUGUGCAAUCUGCGGUAAGGGUUUUGCACAAAGACAGUCUUUGAAUGUACACACGAGAAUACAUACUGGAGAAAAGCCCUUUAUCUGUUCAAUCUGCAGUAAAAGUUUUGCACAAAAAAGCAGUUUGAUGGUGCACAUGAAAAUACACACUGGAGAAAAACCGUUCACCUGUUCAAUCUGUGGUAAAGGUUAUGUACAAAGUAACAAUUUAAAACUACACAUGGCAACACACACCGGCGAAGAAUCACAUUCAUGUUAAAGCUGCAACAUAAGCUUUUGUAAUCGAUCGUUCCAUGUAGCACACCCGAGAUCACGCACAAAGGAUAAAGUGUUGAGUUGCAGUGUGUGUGGUGAACAAUUCUCUUCUAAGUAGCAGUGUAAGAAACACAAGUGUGCUGGUGAGAACAGCAGGAUUUUAAAUAAACUGUCAAAGCCUAACUUUUGACUUUGACAUUAUCACAUAUAACAUGUGGUCGUUGAAAACUGUUGUAAUGCAAUGUUGAUAAUAUGCCUCUACCAUUCAUUGGUUGGCUACUCUAGAUUAUUGUAGUGUAGUUUAAGUUUUGAAAUAAUGAUGUGUUACGUGUUUUCAGAAGAUAAAAGUCCUUUGUUUUACAUUUUAUUGUAUACCUUUGCUUUUGAGUACACACAAAAUCCCUCUUAUUGGUUCACAUCUGAAACAUCUACUGGACCAUUUCAGGAAGCAUAUUAUUUACUUCAUUUGAACAGUCGUCUUUUAUACAAUUUUAAAAUGUGUGACUUUAUGAAUCAUUUGUUGGGUCUCCAUAAUACAUUUUAAGAUAUUUUACUCUCUUUUGUAAUAUGAAUAUUGUGUUGUGAUUGUUUUAUAUGUAUGUCCCCAGACCUUUAUGCAAUAUAUAUAUAUAUAAGAGAAGAUGGAAGGAAUAAGGAUGGCUUUGUUAUCUAAGAUACUACAUUUGUGAAUAAUUAAAAAAAAAACAUAACAAAAACAAUGUUUCAAACAUUUUUUCGUUUUGUAUUUCAGAGUCCCGAAAACAGGUUUAGAGUGUUGAUGCCAAUAUUUGUACAUCAUCCCACAGAGUUUUACUGUACAAAAAGUCCCUGGGCGAGUGUAUCAAGAUGUUUGUCAGUAUUGCAUAAAAUAAACUGAUAUUCUAUUUUCCCACCACAAAGAAAACGAAUGAUGUAUUCAAUUGCCCAACGAUAUCUUAAAAAGUGUUUUAGAGUAUAAAUUCCGGAUAAAAUAAAGCAUUUUAAAUGAACUCCUUUGUCUUUGGAAGAUUCAGAAAUUUCAGGUUAUUUGUAGUUUAUUCUGGGUUGGGGUUUUUUUCCCAGAGAAAAUACAGUAAACAGUAAAUGGGUUCUACUUCUAUCGUGCUUUUCUACCUUCAAGGUACUCAAAAGCGCUUUGAUACUAUUUCUACAUUCACCCAUUCACACACUGGCAAGGCGCUAACCACGACCCAUCAGGAGCAAGGGUGAAGUGUCUUGCUCAAGGACACAACGGACGUGACUAGGUUGGUAGAAGCCGAGGUUCGAACCAGGAACCCUGAUAAUGUUCCUAUCCGCCCACAGGCCAAAGAGAAAGAGCAUAGGCGUUUGAGGGAAGCCCUCAAAACCUGUGGUUUCCCCAGCUGAUCGUUUGUAAAAAGUGCAUCCAGAUCCAGAAAUGACAAGAACAGAAUGGAUGAGGAGGAAAAAAAGGAACAGAAACAAUAAUAUUGUCAUUGAAUAUAAAUCAACUUAUAACCAAAACAACAUCCCACUUGACUUCAAACCAGACAACAACCUAAGACAGAGGCUGGUGCAUCCUUAAAACCCCACACCCACAAAAACAAUCUGAUGUGUGCUAACCAGUGCAAUGAUGAACGCGCUUGUGGAGGUUGCCCUCCUGACCAAAAAGAUCCUCGCGUGAGCCCGUGGGUCUGGUGUAACAAUGUUUCUAUUGUCUGUACACGCGCCAGGUCAGCACUCUUUUUGUCAAGCUUUUUUGGUGUAAAAUCCAACUUCAACUCCCCACCGCCAUGUCUCGUCUCGGCUGCUGCUAAUAAGCAUGGCAGGUCAACUCGUCGUGUUUGGAGGAAGAAGAAGAAUACUGAGUUGCAUCCCAAGAACACCAAACCUACUGUGAAGCACGGGGGUGGAAACAUCAUGCUUUGGGGCUGUUUUUCUGCUAAGGGGACAGGACGAUUGAUCCGUGUUAAGGAAAGAAUGAAUGGGGCCAUGUAUCGUGAGAUUUUGAGCCAAAA